AUGUCGUCUCACAAGUCAUUCCGCAUCAAACAAAAGCUGGCGAAGUACCAGAAAAUGAAUCGCCCAGUGCCACAGUGGGUGCGAAUGAAGACCGGAAAUCGAAUUCGAUAUAACGCGAAGAGGAGACACUGGCGUCGUACGAAACUCGGCCUUUGA